AUAAAUUCUGACAGGGUAACAGAGACUCUCAUUAAGCUCCAUUAACAUAUUGACUUACACAUCCCUCAGGAUUCAAAUGAAGGAGAACAUGGGACAUGCAACGCAUGUAUGACCAAAGUCACCAAACCCCGUCCAUAACAUGCAAUUGUUCCAUCCCCUUGGGACAGACCAAAAUUUAUAAUACAAAAGGGAGGCUUCAGGGUACAAAAGGCUGGAGGAGGAAAACACCUCUGGAGGAGGAAAACAUCUCUGCCUGCUCAGGACCAGCCAGUGGAUUGUCUCUCCCCCUCUCCUGAAGGGACGCCUUUAGGAGGAACAGCUUAAAAGCAGAAGACUGAGGGGAAGGACUGAAAAUCACUCAAGUGACCUUGCAAUUGGGAAUAACCCUUGAUAAACCAGUGUGAACAGCACAGACCAAGUUUAACAGUGCCUGCAUCUCCACUUCUGUGCCCCUGCCUGGGUGGUGAUUCAGGGAUCCCUGAUUAGAGAGGUAACAGAAAUAAAUCUAUUCUUUGUUUUCGAGCCCUGACUUGGUGGUUAUCCCAGCUGCCUGCCUGUGCCCACUCCCACAUUUGUCACAGUUUUCAGGAUCUGGGAACAACCAUGUCGUGGCUAGCAAAAAGGUCAAAAAAGCUGAAUAAGUUGAAAAAGUUGAAAAAGUCAGGGGCCAGAGAGGGUGUGGUGGUGAAUCCCCACAUUCCAGGAUGGCCCAGCACCGAGCGCUGGACCCCUGUGGCCGCUUUCCUUGCCACAAUGGCUAGUCCGGAGACAUGGCCUGAAAUAGACGACGGCGUGGUGGUGAGCCCCCACAGGGUUGAGAUCGCCAUGCGCGGGCUGCCCUGGAAAGGGGCAUCCAAGUCUUCCCGCAAGCUGGCGGGGAGGCUGGGAUGGCUCCUGGCCACGGGGCUGAGGGCUCUGGACCGGGAGGUGAUAGCGCUGCAGAGCAAGGUGAGCGAGCUGGAGCUGCUCACCUACGCCCAAGCCCGCGACUGCGAGGCGAUAGCGCUGCAGAGCAAAGUGAGGGAGCUGGAGUUGCUGACCUACACCAGAGCUCUGGAAUGUGAGGUCACCGCGCUGCUGGGGAAAGUGAGAGAGCUGGAAAGGGAAGUUGUGACUUUACGGGCUGCAAAGAUGAUUGCACACAAAGUAACCACCACUCAAGCAGAGCAGUGCUAUGAGCAGCAAUGCACUAUACAGCAGCUGCUGUCACCCAAGCAUAAAUAUGUGGAAAAUAAGGUGUUGAUCUCCCAAGUUCGUGCUCCAGCUAUGAUAUCUUCACGGGAUCCUAAGGAAUGGGAUGGAAAUCUUUGGGGUGAGUACUCAGACUUUGAGAUUGAGAUUUAGCCAGAUUUAGCAGAUGGUGGGGUGGCAUAGAUCACACAUAUUUACACUCUGAAAGAGUUCCAAUUAUGCACUCCUAGACAAGGAAAUCCUUUUAAAUUAGAAAUAAUAAUUCUAGAUUAUAUAGCCUCAUGGGGAUUGUGGCUGAUAACUGGACCAAACAGCAAAAAAAAAAAAAAAAUCUGUAGAAUCUUGGUCCCAGUUAUUCCAAGGCACUGCCAUACAUUAUACCCUGAUGGAAAAAUGAAUUAAAGAUGUAGCUUGGGCACUGCAAAAAGCUGAAAGAAUUACAGGCCAAAAUAGUAUGACUGUACACCUUCAGUACAAAACACAGUGAGGAGCAAAAAUCUUUAAGAUGGUGGCUUUCCCAAAAUAUUACCCACAGAGGAAAUGGAAUUGUUUAUACCAAUGGAUUGUGCAAGCUCUUAAUCCAGAUGUGCUCAUUCAUAUAAUAACUUCUGACAAUGUGGUAUGAUUGUCCCUAUCUUCUUCCUUUUAUUCUAUACCCUCUAUUAAUAUAUUCUCAAGUGCUUGUACUUCAUGUGUCUUUGAUUACUUCCUGUGCCUUAUCUAGGGAGGAUGCACUAGAACUAUGUUAUUGGUGUCACAGACCAAACAUCCAGUCAAAGUUCCAUCUGAAAUAGCACAAGCCACACCUCUCCAACCUGUGUGGCCCAUUACCCAAUCUCCAGUUACCAGACCUGGAGUAACAUUAGCUGAAGGAGCUGGAGCAACCACAUGUGUAUCACUGGACAGAGAUGACACUCCUGUUUUCAUCCACAGGCUGGCUUGUUGUGCUUUUUAGGCUUGUAGUAUAAGCACAUAUCUUGGAUACAAUUCUGCAAAAUCAAUAUGUAAAUACUUUUGUGUGGUUGUUUUUUACUGUAACUAACUUGUCAUUAUUCUUUCUGGGAAGUGUCUGUAGAGCAGGUGGCACGUGCCCUCGUGUGAGGUUUAACUUGGAUAUCCAAUGCAGCUAUUCCCUUAUAUUUGGGAAUAACUGAUGCACACUGUGGAACCUUGCAACACUGGUUACUGGUGAACUACAUCCCCCUUCAACAUCAUGGACUCUGUUCUGAGUUUGAAGGCUUGUUCUGCUUUGACCUGGCUGCAGAACCGCUUGGCGUGGGGGAUCUCAUUCAGUAUCUCAAGGACAACAAAUCACAACCUACUGGUGGUGCCUGACAGGAGGGGUGGGACACUUGACUCAGAGCAUUAUAGGCUUAUUUGUUUAUUCCUUUUCCCCUAUGCUUAAGUGCCUCUGUAAAUCCCCCAUCCCACAUCUCCAGCCAUAGCAGCAGCAGUCUCUUGAGCAAAGGGGUGGAAAUUUGGGAGGAAUGGGUUAAAAAGCGGAAGAUUGGCGAGGAGGAUUGUAAAUGGCUCAAGUGACCUUGCACCUGGGAAUAACCCUUGAUAAGCCAGUAUGAGCAGCAGCAGCCAGUGAUCCCCUGGCAUGGACUGAUUUUAACAGUGCCUGUGUCUCCUCUGGCAUGCCUCUGCUUUGGGGAGUCCCCAGUUAGCAAGGUAGCAGAAAUAAAUUUACUCUUUGCAUUCUG